AUGUACAAGUCGGUGAUCGACCCUCCUGGGUCACUAGAAUUUGCAUUCGACCCCCUACGGGCUCUCCAUGCUCACGAGGGUUCACGUUUACAAUGGCCUGAAUACCCGUACAAACAAGUGACGAUCGAUCGAGUACGGACGAAAGCGGGGGCGUUGUUGAUGGCCAGCGGUCAAGAAGUGUUUGAACGUCGAUUCGUUGAGGAACGAGCAGCAUUUCGACAGGCAAAGAGGGAGUUUAUUCGCAGUGAAAAGGCCAAAGUCGUGAGUAUUUUAGACGCCCAAGCUGCGCGUGAGAGAGCGCAACAGGAACAAGACGAAUUUACAGCAUGGGGGGCAAGACAAAUUGUAAAACGCUAUGAAGACGGCCGCAAAUACGACGGCGAUGGCGUCACGGAGAAUGGGGUGACGAUUCCUCAUGGGUAUGGAACGCUGUGGGUGCCCGAAGAAAAAUACACCACAACGGUAGGGCGGACUGCCGAUAUCAAACGAGUGAUUCGGUAUGUUGGCAACUGGAAAGAUGGUUUCAUGCAUGGUAACGGCACGUACUAUUGGGCUUCGGGUGAAUCAUGGAAAGGUAGUUUUAUUCGUGACGAGAAGCAGGGCAAAGGUAUCUACACUAGCAGCGAAGGAGAUCCAGACAGUCUUACUAGUAGUCGAGAUACAGGGCGUGAUGGAAGUAAGACUGAAAAGGACCAACAGGUACUUCAUCCAAAUCAACGAAUUCGCUACUUUGAUGCAGGUCAGCACGUGUGUUGGGGCGACGAGCUGAUGUGCGGAUGUCGCGUUCGACUCUUUAACAACCGGCACUUCGGUGAUCCGCUCGUGUCAGCUGUAAAGCGAUCUAAUGUGGGGUUGGAGGUGGAAACGGAGGCGGUGGUUGUUCGCUAUGACCCACAGACCGACCGUCAUCUUCUUCGCAAAGGCGAGACUGAAGAAACGCGGUGGAUAUCGCUUUCGAAUUCCGGUUUCAGAGUGCUGAAUUGUCGACCGAUAGCACGUUUCUUAGAAGUAUAG